AUGAGAGCCAGCACUUCGCCAGGGCGCGCGUACCCACUAAGCCCAUCAAGGAUCACAGCAUGGCCCUUUCUCCCAUUUAUGACCGUCACCGAUAGAUCCUGCCACUUCAGAAAUACCCUGGCAACGCCGGGCUCCACAUUGUCCACUACCCCAUCGGCCGGCGAAGCCUCCCAUGGCUCCGAAUUAGAGAGACAACGUGGGAAGAAGAUGGGGCUUGACGGCCACGCCGACCAGCCGCGCCAUGAAACCAUAGCAGUGCUCGACGACGUCGUCGACUGUGGUGGCCUGGUGGGGCUCGGCGUAGGAGCCCAUCUCGGCAGUGGUGACGUCCAAAGUUGA